GAUUCGGCAGUCGGAGCGUGUGCAGUGGAAGUGCCAAAACAGUGGGUGGGCAGCAGUGUGCGCUCAAGUGGCGACUUGAACGCACGUUUGAAAGCGUAUAUUCAUCGUCCAAAUCAUAUUUCUAUUUCGCUGGCUGGCGUUGGAAUCGGUUCACAAGUGAAACUCGUUUCGUUUCGUUAAUAGAAUUGUGUGUUCUCAAUACGUCAACAAUUGGGGUUUCCUCCUCCUAAACAAAACAUAACGUGAGUCACGUCAUUUGACUUUCAUUUUCUCCUUUCCCUGUCCGCAGGCCCUGCUGGGUAUUGCCCAGGUGUUGCGACUUUCGACCGUCAAUUAUACGGCCCUUCUGUCUGGGUAUUUCCCAGUGCCCGCCAGUCAGAUCCAUCGGCUCUUCUCUCUUGGCAGGCAGGAGCAGGCCAGCCAUAUUUACCUAGUAGAUCACCAAUUUCAGAUUAGUGGACAGGACUUGUACUUCAGCAAACCUCUCCUAACCGAAAAAAAAACAGACCCACACACACACCAUGCGUGAAAUAACGCUUCUUCUAGUGCCAUUGCUCUUCGUCCUCUUCAUCUGCUCCGUCCAAGGUCAUUUGCUCCGGCGGAGGAAUUACAAGCCACUGCCAUGGAGACCGGAUACCCGGCUACAUAAAAGACAAGUGAAUUUUGGAGAAGAGGAAACGUCAGAAAUCAGCAGUCUCACCACGGGUUUUAACGGGGGUGGAAUAAACGAUUGUCAAACUCCAGAAGGAGUCGUAGGAACCUGCACACCCUUGACAAAUUGUCCGCAUCUGGCUGACAUGUUAUCUGUACCAAGCCCGGCUAUACUCAACUUUCUUCGACAAUCCAUUUGCGGUUAUGAAGGUUACGAUCCUAAGGUGUGUUGUUCGUACCCAACGGGUAUGGAAAAUGUCGACUCAUCGGCGUUCUUCUUCGGAGAAUCCACCGGAGAAAUACCUCCACCAUUCGUUCCGAAACCACCGGUACGUCCACCGCCACACCCGGGUCGGCCUAGCGUUUUGCCAGCUCGAUGUGGAAAUACCAACGCCACAAGUACCCGAAUUGUUGGUGGUGAGGAUGCUCCACCAGGUGCCUGGCCAUGGAUAGCACUUCUGGGCUACAAGGAUCCUAUUACCCAGCAGGUUGACCACUUGUGUGGUGGUGCUUUGAUCAGUUCGCAAUAUGUAAUUACAGCAGCUCAUUGCGUUUACAACAAAAAAGAUUUGUAUUCGGUUCGUGUAGGAGAACACGUUCUCCAAAGCGACAUGGACGGUAAUAGACAUCAAGAUGUGCUGAUUGCGAGUCGCAUGCCGCACGAAGGCUUCGAUUCCGUUAGCUUUCAGAAUGAUAUCGCCAUCUUGAAACUGGCUGUGAGAGUGGAAUUUACAGCGGAAGUGCAACCUAUAUGCUUGCCCAUGGAUCCAUUGAUCCGAAAUAAAAAUUACGUCAGGUCCAAUCCGUUUGUCGCAGGGUGGGGAGCAACAUCUUUCAAUGGACCAUCAAGUUUGACGCUCAGAGAAGUGCAGAUUCCCGUCGUUACGCAAGAGAGCUGCAAAGAAUCCUACAAGAAUUUUAAAACGGUUGUUGUUGACCAAUCCGUUUUGUGCGCUGGACUGGGUAAAGGAGGCAAAGAUGCGUGUCAGGGAGAUUCUGGGGGACCUUUGAUGAUCCCUGAUAAAGAUCGCUUCUAUUUACUUGGCGUCGUCUCAUUUGGCUACAAAUGCGCGGUGCCCGGAUUUCCUGGCGUCUAUACCCGAAUUCCUUUUUAUCUCGAUUGGAUUUUGUCCAAAAUGCAAUAAAUUAACAUUAAUGGAGCCUGGAAGUUGGAAAUUUGAAAAUCAAUACUCUUGUAUCUUACCGAGUUUACACGAUUCUGUUGGAAAAUUAUACUAGCUGACAUAUGAGGUAUAGAUUUAUCCUCGAAUAUGUAUGAUUAUAUAUUAUGCAAUUGAAUCCAAGUAUUACGAAAUGAAUGAUGUCGCAGAAUUCGAAGAAUAGAGUACCGUCGUUAG